UCCAACUCAUACAUCCUCUCAUCUCCUCAUCUUUUUUUGUCCUAUGAAAUAUAUAUGUGAAUAAAAGAAAAGGAAAAAAAAUGAAACCUUAAAAAGAUCCUGCAUUUAGCAGUUACACUGUGUAAUAAUAGUACUACCUCUCACAACAUGCAACCCUUUCCAUUCCCAUUUAUACAGCCUUCAUCACUGUUUUGUUCAAUUCUUCUUCCUCUGUUCUUCGUUUUCCGGGAAUAAAUGAGUUGCUGCUUAGGGGUGAUGUUUGUGGCAUUCUUGGUGGGGUUGGGAGAGGGGAGGCGUUGGGAUUCCGGGAAAGUGGAGAGGAAGAUAUUCAUCACCUGGAAUGAUCUGAGGGCAAGUGAUGGUGGGAUUUUGAGAGAAAAUGGUGGGAGAAAUAAUGGGAGCAAAAUCAUAGUGGUUGAUCAGAAUGGGAAAGGGGACGUUCGGACGAUUCAAGGUGCUGUUGAUUUGGUGCCUCCAUAUAACUACGAAAGGGUCAAAAUUUUAAUUCUUCCCGGCAUUUACAGAGAAAAGGUUCACAUUCCUGCAUCAAAGCCAUACAUAUCAUUGAUCGGAGACGAAGAUAUGCCUUCCAAAACCGUCAUAUCAUGGCACGACAAGGCCUCCGACAGAGCCGCAGAUGGGGUUUUAGGGACUACAAGGACAGCCACCCUCCAAGUAUUUGCUGACUAUUUCUGUGCCACUGGAAUCACUGUUGAGAACACAGUGGUGGCAAGGCCUGGAGGUGAAGGAAUGCAGGCUGUGGCGGUGAACAUAAACGGGGACAGGGCAGUGUUCUACAAAUGCAGGUUCUUGGGGUCACAAGAUACACUCCUCGAUGACAUCGGGGUGCACUAUUUUUACCAAUGUUACAUUCAAGGGAUGGUCGAUUUCAUCUGUGGAAAUGCCAGAUCACUUUAUCAGGGGUGUGUUAUUAAUUCAGUAGGGCCUGGAGCUAUUGCAGCACAGCACAGGAACUCACCAAGCGAAAACACAGGCUACUCAUUUGUGGACUGCAGAAUAACUGGCCUGGGAAAGACCCUUCUGGGAAGAGCCUGGGGAGAGUUCUCUCGAGUGGUCUUCGCCAAGUGUGAUAUCAGUGACGUCAUACUUCCUUCUGGAUGGAGCGACUGGAACAUCCUGUCUCGGCAAAAGAAUUCCAUCUUUGCAGAAUACCAGAAUAGAGGUCCCGGAGCAAGUAGAGAGAGGAGGGUACCAUGGUCAAAGAACUUGAGCGAUGAAGAAGCUAGACAAUACAUUGACACAAACUUCAUAAAGGGAGAUCAAUGGCUUAGACUAGUUCCACUAUAGCUUUAUCCUAGCUUCAUACUUCAUACUUCAAAUUCAAAUGACUUGUGUAUAUAUACAAUUCUAGUUUUGUGAGCUCUCGUUGAUUUAAGAGGUUUUUUUCAAAAAUAUUACUAAAAUAUAAUUGAUGGACAAAAAUAUUACUACCUCUAUACCAUUGGAAGAUUCUUAUAGCAAAACGACACGGUUAUUUAUGCAAUAAUUAAAUAAAAUAUUUC